GGCUGCGCCCGCCAAGAUGGCGGAGUACGUGCGCGUGCUGAGGCGGGCGCUGCAGCAGCUCCGGGGUCACGGCGGCCUCCGCGGCGCCCUCUGGCAGCUGCUCAGGGUCAAUGAUUUGAAGGUCGGUACUCUAGUAGGUGUUGACAAAUAUGGAAACAAAUACUAUGAAGACAAAAAGAAUUUUUUUGGUCGACAUAGAUGGGUUGAAUAUACUACUGAAAUGAACGGCAAAAAUACAUUCUGGGAAUUGGAUGGAAGCAUGGUGCCACCAGAAUGGCAUCGUUGGCUUCACUGCAUGACUGAACACCCUCCAACUACUCAUCCACCAGCUGCUCGUAAAUUCAUUUGGGAGAACCACAAAUUCAAUCUGAGUGGCACUCCUGAGCAGUAUGUCCCUUACUCUACAACACGUAAAAAGAUACAGGAGUGGAUCCCACCUACAACCGCUAACAAAUAAUUGAAAAGCCCGACUUGCCUAAAACUAGCUUCUCAAUGUAAACUGUACCUUCAUUGUUUGGUUGGUUUAAAAUAAAAGCCUCUGACAAAAGUAAAA